AUAAUACAAGGAACCGCGGACUUCUACGCGAUCGACGCCUACCGCGCGCAGUACGUCGCCGCGCCCGCGGGCGGGCUCGCCGCGUGCGUCAACAACAUGACAGACCCGAAUUGGCCGCAGUGCAACGAGGUGGUGAUGUACGAUACUGAUGGGUGGGCGGUGGGCCCGAACGCGGAUACGUGGAGCGCGUCGUGGCUGCAGGCGACGCCGCAGAAUCUGAGGGGGUCGUUGCGGGCGUUGGUGGGGCGGUGGCCGGUGGGGAAGAUCUAUAUAUCGGAGUUUGGGUUCAACGAGCCGGGGGAGGCGCGCAGGUCGAACUCGCUGCUGACGCCGUGGGACGGGUACAUUGUCACGGAGGACGUGACGAGGACGAAUUACUAUAUGACGUACCUCGGCGAAGCGUUGUUGGCUAUCCAUGAGGACGGCAUCCCGUUGAUGGGUGCCUUUGCUUGGUCUUUCAUCGACGACGCGGAGUGGACGGUUGGCUUCGCCGCCAGAUUCGGGAUCCAGUACCUGAACCAGACGACGCUUGAGAGGACGCCGAAGCGGUCGGCAUUUGCGCUGUGUGAGCGUUUUUGCUGGACCUAUUGGGUCUGGAUGCUCACGGGGUUGUGA